AAAAUCUGGACCCAAUUAUUUACCAAAAAAAAAAAAAAAGAGAAUCUGGACCUAGUUCCCUUGCUGCCAAUCACACUUCAAAGUUAAAAAGUUUCAUACACUUGAAAUUUUCAUUGAAAACCCGCGGAAAAAGCAAAAAUGCAAUUCCGAGUAUAAACCACACGCAAAGGCAAAACACCACCACCCCGACACCCCUUAAAAUCCUGGAAGGCAGUGAAGUGAACUCGAAUGGAUCCAAUCAAAGCAGCAAAUGAACUAUCUUUCCGGGUCGGAUUCUCCGGCCACAGUGGACACCUCCGGUUAGAGCCUCUCUUCACUGUGGAAGGCUCUAACCCCAUCAACUCCCUUCCCGAUUUUAUUCUGCCACCUGCAUUUCCUAAGGAAACACCUGAAUCAAUAAAAGCAUAUUUGGAAGAGACAUAUCUCUUGCCGAGAUUGGACACUGAAGAAUUUUCACCGCAAAAUGCUGGGAGGCAGUGGGAUUUUGAAUGGUUUGACAAGGCAAAUGUGCCCUUAGAGCCAUCAUUGCCACGGUCCAUCAUAAUUCCCACCUGGGAAUUACCUUUUAGACGUCGCCAAACGCAAGGAAAAUGGGAGCCCGGUUCUGUACAGGUGGAUGUCUCAGAAUUAACAGCAGGAGCUCUAGAAUCUGGUUCAUUGCCGCGUAUGACUAGCACUGCGAAGGACUUUGUAAGAGGAAGCCUCAAUAAACGCCCUUUUCGUCCAGGAGGUUUAGAUGAUUCUCAAUCCUCAGAAAGAAUCCUUCCUGAAGGUGCUUCUAAUGGAGAAUGGGUCCAAGAGCUACUGAAUGGUGGCGCUGCCCAAGCAGUUCCUCCAAGCUUUAAGCAAGGAUUGGACCUUGGUGAUCUCAAGGCAUAUCCAUAUGCUUGGAAUGUUUACAAGGAGCAAAGUUCACUCAAGUGCACAUCAUAUGAAAAGAUGUGUUUGCAGAAUGAGUUGUCCGUACAGUUUGAUGAUUUAUUCAAGAAGGCUUGGGAAGAGGAUGUCACUGAAUUUGAGGGGGAUGUUCAUUUGUCAGAAAAUGAAUCUGUUAACUCAGAAGCUGAAGCAGAAAAGGUAGUUGUGCCCAGCAAUGCUGCUGACACUGAAUUGUCUGCAUUGGAUGAGAUUUUAUCAGUUCCAGCCGAAGGAUCGAUGUCAGCAUUGGAUGAAAUUGUGGAUGGUGGUGGACAGCACAAGAAGGAGGCCUGGGCUGUUCGUGGAGGUAACGAAGGGAUCGCUGAGCGCUUUUAUGAACUUGUUCCUGACAUGGCACUUGAUUUUCCUUUUGAAUUGGAUAAAUUCCAGAAGGAGGCCAUAUAUUAUCUUGAAAAAGGGGACUCUGUUUUUGUUGCUGCUCAUACAUCAGCUGGAAAGACAGUUGUUGCAGAAUAUGCGUUUGCUUUGGCAUCCAAGCAUUGCACAAGAGCUGUGUAUACUGCUCCAAUUAAAACCAUCAGCAAUCAGAAAUAUAGGGAUUUCUGUGGGAAAUUUGAUGUUGGACUUCUCACUGGAGACAUUAGCUUGAGGCCCGAGGCUUCUUGCCUCAUUAUGACAACUGAAAUAUUAAGGUCAAUGCUCUACCGGGGUGCUGACAUUAUACGUGAUAUUGAAUGGGUUAUCUUCGAUGAGGUGCACUAUGUCAAUGAUGUUGAAAGAGGUGUUGUUUGGGAAGAAGUUAUUAUCAUGCUUCCAAGACAUAUCAAUAUUGUCCUCCUUUCAGCAACGGUACCUAACACAGUUGAGUUUGCUGACUGGAUUGGGCGGACAAAGCAAAAGCAAAUCCGUGUUACAGGGACCACCAAAAGACCAGUCCCAUUGGAGCACUGUCUGUUUUACUCUGGAGAGCUUUAUAAAAUAUGUGAAAAUGAAAUUUUUAUGCCUCAAGGAUUCAAAGCUGCAAAAGAUGUAUUCAAGAAAAAGAAUAUGACUGCUCGUAAUACUGGAUCACAUGCCGCGCAUACAGCAGGGAAUGGUGGAGCUCGAUCUCAUAAACGUGAUAAUUCUACUUGGGGAAAGCAGAAUAAGCAUUUUGGUUCCCAUAGUUCAGGGAACUUUUCUGGAGGUGGUGCUGGUUAUCAAAACAAUGGCAAUAACCUUAACAAUUGGGGUUUAAGGCGAUCAGAUGCUUCGUUGUGGUUGUUACUCGUCAACAAGCUCUCAAAGAAGUCUUUAUUACCUGUUGUUAUAUUUUGUUUCUCAAAGAAUCGCUGUGAUAAAUCAGCUGAUAGUAUGGCUGGUACUGACCUUACUAGUAGUUCUGAGAAAAGUGAGAUACGUGUUUUCUGUGACAAAGCAUUUUCACGGUUGAAGGGAUCUGACAGAAUUUUACCUCAGGUUGUGAGAGUCCAAAAUCUGCUCCUUAGAGGGAUUGCCGUGCAUCAUGCUGGGCUGCUCCCAAUUGUCAAGGAAGUUGUUGAAAUGCUCUUUUGUCGUGGUGUGAUCAAGGUUUUGUUUUCUACGGAGACAUUUGCAAUGGGGGUUAAUGCCCCUGCAAGAACGGUUGUUUUCGAUACAUUAAGAAAAUUUGAUGGAAAGGAAUAUAGACAAUUACUACCAGGAGAAUACACCCAAAUGGCAGGUCGUGCUGGCAGAAGAGGACUUGAUAAAAUUGGUACAGUCAUUGUAAUGUGCCGUGAUGAGAUCCCAGAAGAGAGGGAUUUGAAGCAUAUUAUGGUUGGAAGUGCAACCAGGCUAGAAUCUCAGUUUCGGUUGACCUAUAUUAUGAUUCUGCAUCUCCUCCGUGUUGAAGAAUUGAGGGUGGAGGACAUGCUGAAAAGGAGUUUUGCUGAAUUCCAUGCUCAAAAGAAACUACCAGAGCAACAACAACUUUUAAUGCUAAAGCUUGCUCAGCCUACAAAAGCAAUUGAAUGUAUAAAAGGUGAACCAGCCAUUGAGGAAUAUUAUGAGAUGUACUUAGAAGCUGAGAGGUGCAGCAAUGAAAUAUUAGAAACAGUCAUGCAGUCCUCUACUGCCCAACAGUUUCUGACUCCUGGAAGAGUAGUAGUUGUGAAGUCACAAACACAGUCUCAGGACCACUUGCUCGGAGUCGUUGUUAAACAACCUUCAGCUGUUAUUAAACAAUACAUUGUCCUAGUGCUGAAACCUGAAAUAUCAUCACCACAAAUUCCCCUGGCUGGUGGCAGUUCUCAAGAUAGCAAAACUGCUGAUUUUCCACAUGGUUAUAUGUUGAUGCCAAAAUCAAAACGUGCUCUUGAAGAAGAGUAUUGUUCUUCUGUCACCUCUCGCAAAGGAUCCGGUGUCGUGAAGAUAAACCUACCACACCAGGGUUCUGCUGCUGGGGUGCAUUAUGAAGUUAGAGGUGUUGAUAACAAAGAAUUUUUAUGCAUAUGCAACUGCAAAAUAAAGAUCGAUCAAGUUCGGCUUCUUGAAGAUGGUGCCAGUGUUGCUUACUCUAAGACAGUUCAACAGCUGCUGGAUACAAAACCUGAUGGGAAUAAGUACCCUCCAGCUGUACAUCCAUUAAAAGAUCUGAAGUUGAAAGACAUGACUCUUGUGGAAAAAUACAAUAAGUGGACUAACCUGCUGCAAGACAUGGCAACAAACAAGUGUCAUGGGUGUAUCAAAUUGGAGGAGCACAUUAAGAUAGCCAGAGAGAUAAGGAGGCAUAAAGAGGAAGUUAAUUCUCUCAAGUUUGAAAUGUCAGAUGAAGCACUUCAACAAAUGCCGGAUUUCCAGGGCCGGAUUGAUGUUUUGAAGGAAAUUGGCUGUGUAGAUGCGGAUCUUGUUGUGCAAAUAAAAGGCCGUGUUGCAUGUGAGAUGAAUUCAGGAGAAGAGUUGAUAUGCACGGAGUGUCUAUUUGAAAAUCAAUUGGAUGACCUGGAACCAGAAGAAGCCGUAGCAUUAAUGUCUGCCUUUGUGUUUCAGCAGAAGAAUAUUUCUGAAACUUCUCUUACACCCAAGUUGGCUAAGGCCAAACAGAGAUUGUAUGAUACAGCAAUAAGACUGGGAGAACUUCAAGCCAAGUUCAAACUUCAGAUAGACCCUCAGGAGUAUGCCCAAGAGAAUCUCAAGUUCGGUCUUGUUGAAGUGGUUUAUGAAUGGGCAAAGGGCACUGCAUUUGCAGAUAUAUGCGAACUUACAGACGUUCCUGAAGGCCUAAUAGUGAGGACCAUUGUCAGACUGGAUGAAACAUGUCGCGAAUUCAGAAGUGCUGCAGCCAUCAUGGGUAAUUCUGCGCUUUAUAAGAAAAUGGAAACUGCUUCGAAUGCAAUAAAGCGUGACAUUGUUUUUGCAGCCAGCUUAUAUGUAACUGGAGUCUAAUCCCCAUCAUAACUUGAAGGUAUACCUUUUCCCGAUUCAUUCUCAGAAAAAGGAUACUGAAGGAAUGUGGAGAGGCAUAACCUUUUUUGUGUAUAUCAAUUGGUGUCCUUUAGAGAGUAUAGGUUGAAUUCAAGCAGUUUUCACCUGAGGAAGAUAACGCUAAAAUGAAGCAGAUAUAUUGAUCUUUUAUGCCA